AUGGCGCGGAGGGCUGGGCCGGAGGAUACUCGACGGUCGGGACGGGGCCCGGCCGCUCUCUUGCUCACCUCGAGACCUACAGGCGAGCGCAGGAUGAACAGUAAGGGGUCACGGGAGCAAGCAGUGGGCUUGCUUGGUGGGGAAGUCGUGGGCACAAGGCUCUUUCUGAGGUGCGGGGUGGGCCCCUGCACCUCUGGGACGGGAGUACCGGGCUGCAGAGGGAUGACUCGGGCUGAGGUGGUGGUGGCAGAUGCUUUUGCAGUCUGUGGAAAAUGUCGGAACUGCAGCCAUCUCCUAGGGCUCCCUACUGAGACCGCAUAUGUAAACCGCAUAUGCCAGUCUCUCAGCAUGCCUGUCCUCUUCUUCGACAGUAAGAAACUAAUUGGUAAGAUAGAAGAAGGGACGUUUUCUGAUGUUCUGAAGAUGCUGAGUCUUAGGGAUGAAAAGUACUAUGCAUGUAAAAAAACACAUGGAGCAACACUCAGAAAGAUUCCAGGAAGGAGAGAGCCAUUACCUAAAGAAAAAAAAAAGUAUAUGUACCAGUUAUGCAAAUCUCCUGAUUACAUACAUAGAAAUGGAAUAUUUCAGAGAGGUGUGAACCCAGAAAACAUAUUAGAUAAGAAACAGUUCUGCUUCAGUCAGAAAACCGUUAACAGAAAAAUCCCAAAUGCAGCAGCUCUUCUGCAAAUUUUCAGCCUCUCUUUUCCCAGAUCUAAAGAGCUGGACCAAAUUUCAAAAAUCUAUGAAGUUACAGGUACUGCUGCUAACAAAACUCUCAACAAAUUCAAGCAGUCAAGAUUUGCCAGUAUUGAUUUCCCCUUUAAAAAAGGAAAUAUUCCUGCUGUGCACAAUUUGUCUCCAAAAGGCUUCUCUCUCCUGUAUGCAAUAAUAAAGUAUCAACCUGAAGAGAGAAUUGCUGCCCUUUAAGCAUUACAGCACCCUUAUUUUCAAGAAUUUUGGCAAGGCAGUUGUUACACAACCACACAAAAUUUAGGAGUAGUAGGAAAUACAUCAGGGCAAGUACCUCUGCAUUUGUGGCAAAUUUCAAAGGAAAGUCAAAGACAGUUAAUAUUUAAGUGGAUGAAUUACCUCUUUCCUCAACAAUCUGAGAAACAGAAGACACUUAAAUCUUUCCCAAAACAUUUCCAGCUACCUGCUCUGGAACGAAGAGGAGGAAGUUUCUGA